GUACUUCAUACUUAACAGAUAUAGUAUGGUGGUCUGGCACUAUUGCAAUGGCUCUGGGUCAAAUAGGGAAUUUCUUGGCCUACACUGCAGUCCCAACUGUGCUAGUGACACCCUUGGGAGCUCUUGGCGUUCCAUUUGGGUCUAUUUUAGCUUCUUACUUACUGAAAGAAAAACUGAACAUUCUUGGCAAGCUGGGUUGUUUGCUGAGCUGCGCUGGGUCUGUUGUUCUCAUCAUCCAUUCCCCAAAGUCCGAGAGUGUAACGACUCAGGCUGAGCUUGAAGAGAAGCUUACAAAUCCAGUUUUCGUGGGUUAUCUCUGCAUAGUGCUGCUAAUGCUCCUCUUGCUUAUCUUCUGGAUAGCUCCAGCUCAUGGACCUACUAAUAUCAUGGUUUACAUCAGUAUUUGCUCUCUAUUGGGCAGUUUCACAGUUCCCAGCACAAAAGGCAUUGGGCUGGCUGCUCAAGAUAUCUUUCACAAUAACCCCUCGAGUCAAAGGGCUCUGUACCUCUGUCUGGUACUUCUGGCAGUAUUAGGAUGUAGCAUUAUCAUUCAGUUCAGGUACAUCAAUAAGGCACUGGAAUGUUUUGACUCGUCUGUGUUUGGUGCCAUCUACUAUGUUGUGUUUACUACCCUAGUCCUGCUGGCUUCAGCCAUCCUUUUCAGGGAAUGGAGUAACGUAGGAGUGGUAGAUUUCUUGGGAAUGGCUUGUGGAUUCACCACAGUAUCUAUUGGAAUUGUUCUUAUACAGGUCUUCAAGGAAUUCAACUUCAAUAUUGGGGAUUUAAAUAAACCUAACAUGAAGACAGAUUAA